GCUCCAAUUUCCCGGCGUCAGCCCCCGGCACCGCUCAGCUGUCGUCCCCCUGUGUCCUGUCACUCCGCUGGCCUCGGCACCGGGGCUGCUGCCGCCCUCCCCGAGCGCCCACCACGGAGGGCUGGGGGCUCUGCGGCCAAAGGGGCCCCGGGACCGGCCGCACUUCGGGGGCUUCUUCAGCGCACGGAGACUGCUCCAAGCACAGGCAUGACGGAGAAGGAAGUGCCGGAGUCACCAGCUUCACCCGCUUCAGGUGGGAAAGCCAAGAGCCGGCAGCUGCAGAAGCUGAAGCAACUUUUCCAGCGAAAGCCCAAGGAGGAGCCGGCGCCGGAGCCACAGCCCAAUGGGGAGCUGGUCAGCCCCUCGGGGGGACCCAUCUACUACAUCUAUGAGGAUGAAGAAGAGGAGGAAGAGGAAGAGGAGCCCGAGCCCCCUCCCGAACCCGAGAAACUUGUUAAUGACAAACCCCACAAGUUCAAAGAUCAUUACUUCAAAAAGCCCAAAUUCUGUGACGUUUGUGCCCGCAUGAUCGUCCUCAACAACAAAUUUGGCCUGAGGUGCAAGAACUGCAAAACCAACAUCCACCACCACUGCCAGUCCUACGUGGAGAUGCAGCGUUGCUUCGGCAAGAUCCCUCCCGGCUUCCGCCGAGCCUACAGCUCCCCCCUGUACAGUGACCAGCAGUACGCGGGCACCAAGGACCAGCUCGCAAACAGGAGCGACCCGGUGUUCGAGACGCUGCGGACGGGCGUCAUCAUGGCCAACAAGGAGCGCAAGAAGGGGCAGGACGACAAGAAGAACCCCCUGGCUGCGAUGAUGGACGAGGAGCCGGAGGCCACGAAGCCGGUGGGGAGCAAAGCUGAGGGUGGUGCCUCUGAAGGGGACAAGAAGGCUGAGAAGAGCCCAACAGAUGACAAGAGCAAGAAGCCGCAGCCAGGGGGGUUCCUGCAGUCCCACUAUUUCGUGGCGCUUUAUCGCUUCAAAGCCCUGGAGAAGGAUGACCUGGACUUCCCGCCGGGGGAGAAGAUCACGGUGGUCGAUGAUUCCAACGAGGAGUGGUGGCGGGGGAAGAUCGGUGAGAAAGUCGGGUAUUUCCCUCCCAACUUCAUCAUCCGGGUGCGGGCAGGCGAGCGGGUGCACAAGGUGACGCGUUCCUUCGUGGGCAACCGGGAGAUCGGGCAGAUCACUCUCAAGAAGGAUCAGAUCGUGGUGCAGAAAGGGGAGGAGGUGAACGGUUACGUCAAAGUCUUCACCGGCCGCAAAGUGGGGCUGUUCCCCGUGGACUUCCUGGAGGAGAUCUGAGGGGGGCUGCGGGGGGAGACCCCUGGGAUGGGGCGGAGAGACUCUGGCUGCGGGGUGGGGAUGGGGACAGGGACGGAGAGAACGGCUGCAGGGCAGGGAUGGGGUCGGGGACGCCCUCGGGAUGGGGAAUAGAAGGACCCCGGGAUUGGGAUAAGGGGCCCUGGCUGCGGGACAGGUAUGGGGUCAGGGGAGGGCACCCCCAUUCCUGCUGCCUCCAGCAAUGGGGUCCCUGGGGUGUCUUCCAGGAGCGGGGCAGGAUGGGGGGACAGGAGGUGCCCCAAGGGAGGUUUUGGUGCCUCCAGAGACACUGGAUGCAAGCAGGGGGCACCCCCAGACUUGCUGUGGAGCCCCCCCCGACCGAGUGGGGGGACACCGGGUGCCGCGGGGAGGGUCGGGGGGGUCCUCCCCGCUGCUCCCGGGUUUUGGCAAUACAUGGC